AUGCCCCCAAAUAGCGACCCUCAUUCCAAGGCCUUUUGGUCUCCUGACGCCGGCUUCACCCAGCUUGUCCAGGGCAGCUGGAACGGCAAGCCUGUCGAGAAGCAGGUCUCGACCUUUUCCAGUCCCUCGAUUCGAAACAUCUGGGUCUAUGCCUCAGGGGGCAGCCAUCUUCCCACCACCCGCGAUGACUACGCGAGACAACUCAAUAUCGACCUGUCCACCAUCCCAGACCUUUCAAUUCAAGUGGGCGAGCUGGUCAAGGCCUACGAACAAGCCCAGACCUACAGCACUGCCUUUAACAACUUGUGGAAAAGUCUAGUCGAUCUCUCAGGUGAAAUAUACAACUUCACCAAGAUCGCGGGCGGCACGGUAGACUCUUCCUACUAUGCUGGUAUCAUGCAGUCGUUGAACGACUACAACACGGCCAAAAAGAGGAGUCCCCCCGACACGGGCAAGAUGAAAGAGGCAGCAGAAGCGGUUGUCGAGUUCACCGAAGACCUCGUCCCAAGAACCGCCAAUCUUGUCACCAGCGGCAAGACUCUCAUCACGGCCGUGGAUGGGUUUGGCACCAAUAUCUACAGUAUGUGGGCGUCAUUGAAUUCGACUCUGGAGGAUAUCAAAAGACGCCUGGACCCUGUGGAAGUCCGAAAUCUCUCAAUCAUCGAUGGUCUUCAGAAGACCUCCUUAGAUCAGCGCGUAGAGUAUCACUACGAUGUGAUUGCGUCUGGGAAGGACUGGUCAUACGCACUGUGCCCACUGUUUGGCGUCCUCCCUGAAACCUCAGCCUCGGCAUAUGGUCCCCGCGCAUCCGCAAUUAAAAACGUGGUCCAAGCAAUCCAAAACGAAAUCAAAACAGAAGACAAGAAGGUCCUAGCUGCGCGCACCGUCGCGAGCGAUGCUCAGCAGGCCGUGGAAGACAACUACGCAAUCCGCGAUCCGCUUCAAGGAACGACUGACGCCAUUAAAGCCAUCCAAGUCGGCUGGGAGAGAAUCAGCACAGACCUACAAUAUCUCCACGACGCGGCGAAGGGGGAUACGAUCCCUGAUGUUGAGUUUGGCAAGGAUUUCAUCCUGCAGACAAUCGAUGUUUGGAAUCAGUUUGGCAAAUCCGGUCUGCAGGCUUCGUUUCUCUUGAUCUGGUAUUUAAUGGCUGACUUCUACCUAGUGGAUGAUUUCCGUCAAACCGCCUACAUUAGCCAGGUUGAGCCUAUGACGAUUGACCAGUGGGUUGAGAAGAUUGGCCAAUAG